AUGGACGAUGAGGAGAUUAAUCUUUAUGUAUCGACACAUUACAUGACAAAUCUUCAAGAACAAUCAUCAUUGUCCUUUCAAAUAAAAUUAGCAGAAUCUUGGUCAACAUUAUCACAAUGGCUAAAUUUAUCACGGUAUACUUCAGCUUUAACACUUCAAAUAAUUGAUCAAGAUAUUUUCCAACUGGCAUUACGUAAUGAAGAUGGUUGGAAUAUUUAUCAGUAUUCACCUAAAAAUGGGCAAUGUUAA